UCUCACCUCAACAACACAGAGAGACUCAGAGAGAGAGAGAGAGAGAGAGGCGAAAUGGGGAUUGAUGUUGAGGUGGUGGAGCGUUGCGAGAUCAGUCCACCACCGCCCUCCACCCAAGAGUUGGAAGAGAGAGAGGUGGGGCUGAGCAUGAUGGACGUCCCCUGGCUCUUCUUCUCUCCCACGCAGCCCCUCUUCUUCUACGCCUACCCACACUCUCUCUCCCACUUCACCUCCACCGCCCUCCCUCUCCUCAAGCUCUCCCUCUCCCGCUCCCUCCUCCACUCCUUCCCUCUCUCCGCCCGCCUCCGUCUCCACCCUCGCCCUCCCCUCCUCCUCCUCUGCUCCUCCCACACCGUCUCUCUCACUGUUGCUGCUGCUGCUGAUGAUGAGGAUGUCUUUCGCCGUCUCUCCACCCACCACCCCAGAGACGCCGCCCUUUUCCACCCUCUGGUCCCUUCCUUGCCCCCCAUUUCCAACUCCUCCUCCAGCCCCCCCGUCCCUCUGUUCGCCGCCCAAGUCACCGUCUUUCCCAACUCCGGCCUGUGCCUCGGGCUCGCCUGUCACCACGUCGUCGCCGAUGCCCGAACCUUGAACCUCUUCCUCAAGGCCUGGGCCUCUCUCUCCCGCCAGCUUUCCUCUCCUGCUCCUCACCCGUCGCUCCGCGGGUUCUUCAGCGCUCCCCCCUGCUACGACCGGACGGUCCUCAGGGAUCCACGGGGCCUGCUCCCCAGAUUCCUCUUCGAGUGGUGGAGCUGCGAAUGUCAGGCACCUUCAUCACCAGUCAACGGUGCUGGUUUCCCCCACAUGGUCCGAUCCACUUUUGUUGUGGGCACCACUGAGAUGGACAGCAUCCGAAAAUGGAUCUUUUCUCGGUGCAGCUCCGGAAAUCUGUCCCACCCACCCCAUUUGUCUCCUUAUGUUCUCACCUGUGCAUUCCUUUGGGUCGUUUGCGUGAAAGCCCAUCUCUCCCUUCAGGCCCACAACAAUCCAAAACCCACCACCCAUCGCGGCCCGGUUUACUUCGGAUUCAUUGCCGGCGGCCUCACCCGCUUGGGCUAUCCGGUACCCGCUUCUUACUUCGGGAACUGUGUCGGGUUCGGUCGGGCGGAGGCCACAGUCCACGAACUGGUUGGAGAGAAUGGCAUUGUCGUCGCGGCGAACGCUCUAGGGAGCACGGUCAAGAGGUUGGACAAGGACCUCUUCGCAGAUGCGGAGCGGUGGAUCUCGGAUUGGAGGGCCUUCUCUGAGUCGGAGCUCCACGUGACCGUCGCUGGGUCGCCCAAAGUGGACCUCUACGACAUGGAUUUCGGGUGGGGACGGCCCAUGCAAAUAGAGGAUAUAUCGAUUGAUAAGAGCAAAGCCAUUUCGUUGCACGAGAGCAGGGAUGUGAAAGGUGGGAUAGAAGUCGGGAUAGUUCUGCCCAAGGCCACAAUGGAUGCCUUUGCCUCUCUCUUCAAGGCUGGUCUCAAGGUCAUGAAGCAAACGACACUCCCAAAUCCCAACUCAUAGCUUCUGCCGUUUGGGCUCAACAAACGAUUAAUCUGGUCUAAUUUCGACUUGGCCAGGUGUAUCAACCUUUCCUCAAGGUCUCAAAUGUGUUUGUGUUGGCAUUCCAUGGCUCCCUUGUGCUCGUGUGCUAUUCUACGAAUAAAGUGACCCUCGAUCGUUUGGCA